GUACCUCAGUGCUGCCGGAGACGGUUAUGGCAGAAUUCACAGCGCCAGACGGGAACUUGAGAGAGCACAGUAAAAGAGAAGCGGGAGUAAAAAGACAGGAAGUGCGCAUAUUCUGCGCACAUGGGACUUAUUCCAGGAGGAAAGCGGCAGAUUUGCACUGCGAGGACCAACAGCCCACUUCACUGAUGAGGUCCAAACCAGCCGUCAGAGAGGAGUGACCUGCUCUCACCGAAGGUGCAUGCCUGCAGAAGCACAGGCCCAGUCUCUGCCGAUCCCCAGCAGUCCUGCUGUUCACAUUUUCUGCUUGAGUUUGUCCCCAGGAUCAUUCAAAACUGUUUCUCCAACGCUUCUACCAAAAACUUAGACUGUUUUCCAAAGCAGAACCGGCCCAGCCCUCCCAGGCGGAAGUAAUGGGGAGUGUGCGAAGCCACCGCUACAGCAUUGUGUCCUCUGAGGAAGAUGGCAUGAAGCUGGCCACUAUUGCCGUCCCGAAUGGCUACGGAAACGGCAACGUCAACAAGGUGCACACAGAGCGCAAAUGUCAGAGCCGCUUCGUCAGGAAGGAUGGUCACUGCAAUGUGCAGUUUAUCAAUAUGAGUGAAAAAGGCCAGCGGUACCUGGCAGAUAUCUUCACCACCUGUGUGGACAUUCGCUGGCGCUGGAUGCUGCUCGUAUUCUGCCUUUCUUUCCUGCUGUCGUGGUUGUUUUUUGGCUUUGUCUUCUGGGUAGUUGCCCUCUCUUAUGGAGACUUAGGGAAUAAGACUCAGGUGUGUGUUUCCAAUGUGGACAGCUUCACCGCUGCUUUCUUGUUCUCAGUGGAGACCCAAACCACAAUUGGCUACGGUUAUCGCUACGUGACAGAGGAGUGCCCCGUUGCUGUCUUUAUGGUCGUCUUCCAAAGUAUUUUGGGCUGCAUCAUUGACGCUUUCAUCAUCGGUGCGGUCAUGGCCAAGAUGGCCAAGCCCAAAAAGAGGAACGAGACCCUGGUGUUCAGCCACUAUGCGACAGUGGCCAUGAGGGAUGGCAAACUGUGUCUGAUGUGGCGAGUGGGGAACCUGAGGAAGAGUCACCUGGUGGAGGCCCACGUCAGGGCUCAGCUCCUGAAGUCCCGCACCACCGCAGAGGGAGAGUUCAUCCCUCUGGAUCAGGUAGACAUCGACGUGGGCUUCGAUAGUGGCAUUGACAGAAUAUUCCUGGUGUCUCCGAUCACCAUUGUGCAUGAGAUUGAUGAGGACAGCCCGUUUUAUGAGAUGAGUAAACGGGAGUUGGAGACAACAGAGUUCGAGAUCGUUGUGAUUCUGGAAGGCAUGGUCGAGGCUACAGCCAUGACCACUCAGUGUCGGAGUUCGUAUGUGGCCAGCGAGAUUCUGUGGGGCCACCGCUUUGAGCCGGUGCUCUUUGAAGAGAAGAACUACUACAAAGUGGACUACUCACGCUUCGAAAACACCUACGAGGUGCCCAGCACGCCCGACUGCAGCGCUAAGGAACUAGCAGAGAGGAAGUCCAACGAAUCCAGCUUGAGGAACUCCUUUUGCUACGAGAACGAGGUGGCUCUUGAAAAAGUCGAGAUGGAGGAGGAGUUUGAGGAGGAUGUGACCAGGCAGAUGAGCGGUGUUGAGGUCGGCGCACCCGAGGACACAAACACAGAUGCUGUGUCAGACUCUGAAUGCAAUCUGGACUCUUUACCUUUAGAAUCAACCCCCCUGACGGCAGAAUCAGAAAUAUGACUGCAGGGGAAAGAGGGCUAAAACACUACCACAGGGUAUGUUGAACUUCGGUCCAGACUGCUGUUGUCAAUAAUGCAUGACACUUUGAAAAGACUGUGAUUUGAGUUUGAAAUUCUCUAUGCAGAAUCUUAUGCACAAGACACCAACAAAGUACAAUCUAUGCAUAUGGUCAAAAUGGUGGUUAAUGAAGUGGCUGCAUAAAGAUAAAAUGGCGUAGAUGCCUGUUUCUGUGCAUACUGGCCUAAAUGGUUCUAGUAGAAUAGCCAAUUGGGUUGACUACAUUUGUUAAUUUAUUCAAGUCUAUAUGUCCAGGAUGCACAUUUUGCAUUGAGCAUCCUGCAUGUAAUACAAAUUUUUUUUUGUGUCAUAAAAGUCACACAAUAUUUUUUUCUGGCUAAAAUAGUUUAAUAUAUUUAAUUUUCAGAUUUGAUUUCAAAUGGCAACUUAAAUGUAUGCAUUUUUAAUCAUUUUGAAUUCAACAAGCGUUUUAAAGGCGACUAACGUCGAAGUUGAAUGACUUGCACAAAACAGGCUACUGUUUGUUAAUGAGCUGGUCUCUUAGCAAACUGUGCGUCUAAAUGUCCUUCGGUGUGACGGUCCGGGUGUGUGCUCAUGACGCUCGUGGUCUUGCACGGACGGUGAGCGCCGGCGCACUACGCUCCUCAACCUAUCCUCUUUUCUGAGUAAAGCAUCUAUUGCAACGUGUGCCUUAACAAAAGUCUCAGUCCCGGCAGAGGCGCUCAGCAGGUUUUGGCUUCGACUGAGCACACACUGCAUUAGAUGUCAUGGGAGGAGGCAUUCAGAGGUGAUUCGCAGUACGGCCCCACUUCUCACAGGUCUCCAUGUUCUAAAUGUGCAAUACAGUCCAGUGGUAGAAUGUGACAGGAGGCUUGAGCCGAGCGGAGGUUAUGAAUGUUGAUGAUAAGUGCUGCUAAGAUACAUAUUGUGUGUAUAGAGAGAAAUCUAGGAGCCAAAAUGUAUUAUUUGUCUUUUAAAGUAUCCACUUUGACGAUUGCAGAUGCAGCCUAUAAUGUUAUUUUUAGAUGUAGACGAGCAUGAUUCUGUCAGUGUGUUUUCCAGAGCUUUAGUGCACUUUCUUCCUCACCAGAGAAUUUACCCCCCCAACAGAAACUGCUGUUUUUGUUUUUUUUACCCAAAGCCAAAUGUGUACAUAUAUAUAUAUAUAUAUAAGAGACAAACAAACUUAUCUGCUAGUUGAUUUGAAACCUGAGCUUCUCCUCAUCUAACAGUGUCUGGCUGUUGCACCAAUGAUUUACUUGAGUUGAUUUUUUUUUUUUUAACGUAGUCUCUUCUGCAUAUAAACAUCAGUGUUCUUGGCGUGGUAGAACCCUUUCACUUCACCACUGCAGGUCUUGUGAAGUUAUUUGUCGUUGCUGAAUGGGACCUUGUCUCAUUAAAGAUCAGGUCAGUCGACUCAUAUUUCAUUUACUGUCACAAAUCCGUUUUUUUCUCUUUGGGUGUUGUCGUGACACAGUCAUGCUCGGAUAACGUCAGUGGGAAGCCACAUACUGUGCUGCUUCUCUGGUAAGGAAAUCUGUUCUCACAUUGGCACUUCUCCUGCUUUAUGUCUUCAUUUUUCUACCAGGGUCUUCCCACCUUCCUGCACAAACUAGAGACUGUACAGAUUUUUUUUUUAUAAUGCAAAUACUGUAUAUUGAUAUUGCAGUUGUUGAAAACUGUUUAUGUUCUUUUUUUUUUUUCAAUAAAAAACGUAACAAAAAUCA